CUUAAAUUGUUGGUAAUAAUGCUACAUUGCCUCUACUGCCUUACUCUCCCAUUAGAAACAGUACUUUAAAUAUCUCCCUCCGUGCUGAGCCAGUUUUCUAGACUAACAUUUGAUUUCUGCUCCAUUCCAUCACUACCUGGAACAAGUCAUUCAUCUUCUCUAUACAUCAGUGAUGUUACCAUUUUUUAAGGAAACUACUAAACUUCCUGUGGAAGCGAAGUAGAAUUUCAUAAGAACAUAAUGGAUGGAGAAGAGAAAACCUAUGGUGGCUGUGAAGGCCCUGAUGCCAUGUAUGUCAAAUUGAUAUCUUCAGAUGGUCAUGAAUUUAUUGUAAAAAGAGAACAUGCAUUAACAUCGGGAACAAUAAAAGCCAUGUUGAGUGGCCCAGGUCAGUUUGCUGAGAACGAAACUAAUGAAGUCAAUUUUAGAGAGAUCCCUUCACAUGUGCUAUCAAAAGUAUGCAUGUAUUUUACUUACAAGGUUCGCUACACUAACAGCUCCACGGAGAUUCCUGAAUUCCCAAUUGCACCUGAAAUUGCACUGGAACUGCUGAUGGCCGCGAACUUCCUAGAUUGUUAAAUAAAAUAAAUUAUAAUAAACUGUUAACUUUUUUCAGUAUUUAAUAUCUGUAGUUCAGUUAGUAAUUUUUUCAUAUAUAGCAUGUUGCCUGUGUGCGAUUGAACUUUAAAGUUCAUUGCAAAGCAGACCACCAUCUCUUCUUUUGCAUAGCAGAGCUGAAAUUUGUUUGCUACAUCAACAGAUUAAGGACAUUUUCACAAAUUGAGAAAUAAAUACGCCAGUUCCUAGGUAGUUUUGCCUUAUCCUUUGGAUGUGAUUUUUAAAAUUAGAGCAGUGGUGAUAUAGUAAAUGCUGAAAUUUAGUCAUAAAUGAACAUAUUCUACAGGUAAAUAUUGGGGCUACGUAUUUUUAUGUUUUUAGUGUUUUUUUUAAACCGAUUCUGGUCUUAGAGCCGUCAUUAGCAUUACUAGAAUUAUGCAGAUAAUUGAAUUAUAAACAUGUUUAUAACUUAGCCAAAUAUUGAUUUUUACAACUGUCAAAGACAUAAGAGUUGAAAUUUCUUAUGUGUCUUUUGAUAAACUGCAGUAUUGUUUAAGUGUAUCUUAUCUUUUUGUUCUUGCUACAAUUUAAGAACUUUAUUUAAGAGCAAUUUGAAAGAUUACUAGGUACAGCUGUUGAAGCAGUAGCUUUUUGAACUGUAGCCGCAUGGUCAAUAAGUAAACUACAUGACCUUGAUUUCAUGUGUACUGUGCAUUUUGGCCAAUCCAAAGUACUGUAUUUUCAUUAACUAUAAAGCUUCCUUUGCAGUAUUCAUUCUUUUUUACAUAGUCCCUUGUUGUGAUUAUACUUCUGGUUAUUUAAAUAUUUUAAAAGACUCACUAUGAACUUUACCCAAAUCUUAAAAGCUAGACUUUUCUGAACUAUUCCAGUCUUCCUGCAUCCAACUGAAAUGUUAUAAAUAUGACAGACAUGUGGAGAGAUGUAGUGCAAAUCUUAUAAUGCACUUUGAUAUAGUAUAUGAAUUAUCUUCUAUUAAUUAAAAUAUGUCCCAAUAAAUAUGCCCAUCAUCUGUGGGUCUUCUACUGAAAUCUUGCUUAUAAAGAGGUCAUUCCAACUUUGAUACUAAGCAGAGAAAAAAUUUUCAAAAACUAUGAUAGAGUCUCUGCUUAGACCUGGGAAAAGAGCCCUGUAGUUUGGUUUAUUAUUGUUCCUCUUAGUAAAUCAAAGCUGUCAUUAGGGUCUAUAAGUUUUCACCUUAGUUCUUCAAGACUGGUUUAAUGUGGACCAGUUUUUCUGGAAACUGCAAAAAUCACAAACAACCAAGAUCUAUAAAUAAUUUUCCUCUUAGAAGACUUAACAUUGUACUUUCCAGCUUAUUGAAAGCAGUUAAAUAUAUAUGUUAAUUGCAUAUAUUUUAGUAACUUCUGAAGACAUACUGGUACAUAUUUUAGUAUAGAAGAUUAUCAAGUACAAGAAUUACACUCUGUUACUUGAUGACAAAUAAUGUCAAUUAUAAACCUAAAUAAUAAUCUUAAAGUUUAAGGUGAUAGCUAGAAUCAAGUUUAACUUUGACCGAUUUUAGUAGGUUACUUUUUAUGUUAGAUCCACAAGUAACCUUAAGUUAAAAUAUUGAAAAAGAAUUGAGAGAUUAGGAAAACUUGUAUAUCUUGUGGCAAAUGAUACUUGCAUGUUAAUAAAGGCUCUGUUGACUGAAAGGUUUGAUGAACACUUGGUGUUUGAUCUUUUUAGCCUUAAUUUUCUCUUUUUCUGAGGAUUCAUGAAACUAUUUGCUUCAGGAUAUCUUGCCAUAUGAUUGAAUAGCAGGAAUUUUUACUUGGUUAAAUUUAAGAGGUAAUUUUAUGUAGCAUGGAAGCUUUACCAGCUUUCUGACACUUGGUAAUUAGUUUACUUUUUAAAAUUAUGUGCAAGUCUCUCCACGAUAGUUUUUUCUGCACAGAAAAUAUUACCACAAAAUCCUCUGUUUUAUUCAGUUAGUAUUUCAUUUUUGUACUAUUUUAUGCUUUCUAGAUUGCUCAUCUUUAAUUGUUAUUGACAGAUAAGUCUCCUUUUGAAGGAUCUUGUUGAUACUGAGAAAUAGUUUACUAUAAGCAUUAAAUUCAGAGACACUUUGCUAUUCAUGAACCUGUCAUCUUAGUUACUUUGCUAAGUUUUUCAAUGAUCAUUCUUUCAAAAGAGUACAAAUAUUCUGAGAAAUAAUAUGAAAUUGCUGUUAAAGAUUGGAGAGUGAUUAAGUUAGGCCUAGUAACUCCUAUCUAUAUAGAGGAAAUGUCAUACAAAUUUACAAAGCUUUGAUGUACCCAGACUUAGCAGUGCUAAGUUGAGCUUCUGAUUGGUAUAUAAGUUUGAUAAAACACGAUCUGGAAAUCAAUAGAUGCCUUUGAUUUUAUAUAUGUGGUAUUUUAUUUGCCAUAUAUAAAUCUGGUUUAGUUUCAAGUCAGGCAUAUUUGUGCUAAAGUUUUAUAUUCCUGUUGGGCUAAAUUCUUAAAUAUUGUAAUGGUUUGUUGGUUUAAACAAGUGUUUAUUAGCCCAGAAGUAUUUUGGUAUAUUAGAGCACCAACUGGGAGUUAGAAAGUCUGAAAUCUUGUGCUGAUUAGCCAUGUGAUCUUGAACAAGUCACUAGGCCUUAAUUUCACAUCUAGAAUAUUAGGAAAUUGCACAUUUAUAAGGUAAUGUUUACUACUUCUUUUUAUAAGCAAAUAAGAUUGUGUUUAUGGAUGUUGCUUAAAUCCAAAAUUGCAACAUUAAAGGUGAUUAGGUUGAAAGAAUUAUAAAUAAGGGAAAAGGGCUUUCUUGUGCAUCUGUUAAAUAAGUCUAUAAAUUUCACGUUUUGCUACUUUUAAUUAGGCAUUAAAUAUUACACAUCAGUAUUAAAUAUGUUAACUAGAUUAAUUUAGGAUUCUUGUAGUUUUCUGUUGCCUGUCAUAUAAAUAAAAUUCAACUUUA